AUGGAUCACGCUGUUCUGUUUGUAGAAAAUGGUGAAGGUCUUCAAGUUCUUCAAUACCAAGUUGGCCAGAAGUAUAAGCCUCACUAUGACUAUUUCUUAGAUGAGUUCAACACCAACUACGGAGGACAGCGAAUAGCUAUGGUAGUUAUGUACCUGUCGGAUGUUGAUGAUGGUGGCGAGGCUGUGUUCCCUGCAGCAAAAGGAAACAUUAGUGAAGUCCCGUGGUGGAAAGAGCUCUCAAAAUGUGGCAAAGGACUCUCUGUUCUACCAAAGAAGCGAGAUGCUUUAUUUUUCUUCAACUGA